AAACAAGAAGUAGAACCCUUCGGUUAUAGUCGUCAAGAAACAGAAUAACAACAAUGGACGCAGUUCAAGAAAGAGAGAAAAAAGAAGAAUUCGAUGCAUCAGAGAUUGAAUACGUUAGCUAUGGUGGUGAGCAUCACCUACCAUUAAUCAUGAAUCUUGUCGAUCAAGAACUUAGUGAGCCUUACUCCAUCUUUACCUACCGUUACUUUGUUUAUCUUUGGCCACAACUUUCUUUCUUGGCGUUUCACGAAGGCAAAUGUGUAGGGACUGUUGUUUGUAAGAUGGGGGAUCAUCGGAAUUCAACUUUUAGAGGUUACAUUGCUAUGUUAGUUGUCAUCAAACCUUAUCGAGGAAGAGGCAUUGCUACUGAACUUGUUACCAGAUCUAUUCAAGUGAUGAUGGAAUCUGGAUGCGAAGAGGUUUGUCAAGUUUUAGUUGGUGUACCUUUUGGUUUGUACUCAUCUAAAUGUAGCAUGUGAUUCAUACAACUAUAUCACAAAGGAAGUAUGGAUUUUUUAUCCUCAAGCUUUAUUUGUACUUUCCAUGGUACCGAAUGAGCAUAUAGGAGAGUAGAAAUAACUACAUUUCCUAAGCAUUACCACCAAACGUUGGAGCUCUGUUUGGGGCUUGGAACAGCAUGGGAAACAAAGGAGAAUUAUGAAACUGCUUAAGUGGUUACCUUCACUGCCAAUUAUAGUAGAGUAGAAAUAGUUUUCCUUUCUACUCCAUUGUGCUCUUUGAUCUCAAACCAAAGGGAAAAAUAAGCUUUCCUCUCGAGUUUGACUGGCAACUUGGCAUGUGUGUAAAUGGUGAUGCCGUAUCUUUUAUUCACACCUCCAAAAACCUUUUCUUCUGAAAUUUCUUGGUGUUUGUGCAUUACCACCAUGUCUCUUAGACACUUCAUGCUUCAUGUGUUAUUUCAAUUCCAUCUCUCCUCUUAGUUACCUCAUGCUGCAUGUGUUAUUUCAAUAACAGUGUUUUAACACCUACGUGUCACAAUUUAACCAUAUUCUUAAAUAUUGUCCAUAGAAGCCAAUAAUUUGUGAGGCCUUGGCUUUGCUGAUAUUCCUUGUGUUUUUGAAUGAUGCAGCUAUGACUAAAACAGCCAAUCUCUCUCUGUUCACUCUCAAAAUAUUUGAUUGAGGCAAAGAUCAAGUCUAAUAAACCAAAAAUGCUUCAGCAA